GCUGCGGGUUCCCGGGCUGGGGACCAUGCCGUGCCGGAGGGAGGAAGAGCAGGACGCCGGCGACGAGGCGGAGGAAGAGGAGGAGGACGGCGACGGCGACAGCUUCCUCCUGCUGCAGCAGUCGGUGACGCUGGGCGGCUCGGGCGACGUGGACCGGCUGGUGGCCCGCAUCGGAGAGACGCUGCAGCUGGACGCGGCGGCGCACGACCGCCCCGAGCCGCCCCGCGCGCCCCCGGCGGACAAGGCCCGGCCCCCGGCGCUGCCCUGGCCGCCGCCGCCGCCCGCACUCGCGCCCGCGCCCGCCCAGCCCCGGGACCCGGCUGCCUUCGGGGCCUGGCGCUGCGCCCUCGGGGAGCGCGGCCGCGUGCGUGGCCGGGCUGCGCCCUACUUCGUGGCCGAGCAGCUCCCCGCCUCCGGCCCCGGCGCGCUGUCCACGCUGCCCUCCCCGCCCCGCUUCGAGGAAGGGCCUCCGGGAGCCGACCCGCGCGCUGUCCCGCAGCCGCUCUCCGGCCCGUGCCGGCGCGGAUGGUUGCGGGGAGCCGCCGCCUCCCGCCGCCUGCAGCUCCGACGCGGGGCGCCGUCCGAAGCCCGGAGCGCCGAGGACGACCCGCACCGGCUCCUGCAGCAGCUCGUGCUCUCGGGCAACCUCAUCAAGGAGGCCGUGCGGAGGCUGCUCGCGGCGGCUGCGCUUCCACGCCAAACUCCCGCCGCGCCCGCACCUGGGGCCGGCGCUCGAGCCCCGCGCGGAGCCCUGCAGCCCGUACGGCCACCCCGACGCGCCCGGGAGGAGGGUGCAGUUCAAAACCGGCGAUGGCGUGCUGGUGCCCGGCAGCUGACACCCCCCGCGAGCGACCACAGCGCCCCGUUUCUUACCCGAGGACGAGGGGCUUCACGGAGGGCUGCCGGCGGUGGUCCUCGAACCCACGAACGCAACGCCUUUUGGAAGCGGGGCUGGGGUUGGCUAUGAACUGAUCAGCAGGUCAGCACCGAGAAUCUUUCCAAUUGCACCCCAUGUGCUUGAAAAAAUAAAAAAGGGAACUCGGGUUCGCCCUA